UGAAUUGUUCCAUAGAUUUUCCUCCAUCCCCGUCUCAUAAUCGCGGGCGCCUCUUUUAUUGCUCAUACCCUCUCCUCGUUGUUGUCACCCCGCUGUUGAUAGGUAUUGCAAAUCUUUAAGAAGAGCUAUUCUUUGAACCAUGUCGUCAGGUUCCGGAGACGCCGGCAGUUGGCGCGGUAGGGGUCGCAGAGGCGGGCAGGAGGUGAGAGGGAGGGGCAGAGGGCCUCCUGGAGGGCGCGGGGGCUAUCCGCCAGAAGGGGAAGGCCGAGGACAGGGCGACCGCGUUGGCGGGAGAGGCCGUAGCUUCGGCGGAGGGGGUCGAGGAGGAGGGGGGCGUGGGCCGCCUGCGUACGAGCAGCAUCCGCCCGCCUCGCAGCCCGGCUACUAUGAGCCGCCUCCUGCUGCGUACGCGCCUCAGGGGCCCUAUGCUGCUGGCCCGCCGCCUCCCGCUGCUCCGCGCCCAGCUGCUCCGCCGUCCCUCCCACCUCCCUCACCCGCCCCACCGCCACCCGCAGCAGCGUCCACGGAGGCCGCUGUCGCACAGCUCACCGGACUCUCGUUUUCGCGCCCCUCCGGCCUUGACGCCCCGUUUCCGCGGCGCCCCGACCGAGGGGGGACGGUCGGACAGAUUAUGAAAAUUCGAGUCAACCACUUCCCGCUUCAAAUUGCAGAUUUGGAAAUCUUCCACUAUGACGUUGUUAUUUCGCCAGACAUUACCAUCAAGCGAAUUAACCGCGAAGUCAUUCGCGAGUUGUCGCGCGCGUACCAUUCGUCGCACCUGGGCAAUCGGCUGCUGGCGUUCGACGGCGUGAAGAACGCGUACACGGCGGCGCCGCUGCCGUUUGAGUCGCAGGAGUUCGAGGUGUCUCUGCCGGACGACCGCCCAGCCCCCGCGGCAGGGGAAGCGCAACCGCGUCGUCCGCGCGACCGGUCGUUCAAGGUGGUGCUGCGGCUGGCGGGGCGCGCGAGCGUGUCGCAGCUGAUGGAGUUCCUGGCGGGGCGGCAGGCGGAGGUGCCGCAGGAGGUGCUGCAGGCCAUCGACAUCGUGCUCCGGGAGCAGCCCACCCGCAUGUACGUGCCGGUGGCGCGGUCCUUCUUCAGCCCGGACCUGGGGCCGCGCGCGUCCAUCGGCAACGGCGUGGAGGCGUGGAAGGGGUUCUAUCAGAGCGUGCGCCCCACGCAGAUGGGCCUCACGCUCAACCUCGACAUGGCGGCCACAGCGUUCCUGGAGGCGGUCAUGCUGCCGGACUUCGUGCAGCGCCUGCUCAACCGCCACUCCCUGCACCAACCGCUCUCCGAUGCCGAGCGCGUUCAGCUGCGCAAGGGGCUCAAGGGAGUGCGCAUAGAGGUGACGCACCGCGGGCAGAUGCGCCGCAAGUACCGCAUCUCGGGCCUCACCACGCAGCCACUGCACGCACUCACCUUCCCCCUGACGACGCCGGACGGGCAGCAGCAGGUGGUGACGGUGGAGGCGUAUUUCCGGCAGCACUACAGCCUGGCGCUGCAGCUGCGCAACAUGCCGUGCGUCACCACGGGGCAGGGCGACCGCAUCAACUACCUCCCGCUCGAGGUGUGCCGCAUAGUGGAGGGGCAGCGCCACAACAAGAAACUGAACGAGGUGCAGACCAGCCAGAUCCUCGUGCACGCCGCGCGCAAACCCUUCCAGCGGGAGAGCGAGAUCAACCAGACGGUGCGCCACAACGCGUAUGACCGCGACCCCUUCGCCAACGAGUUUGGCAUCCGCGUGUCGCCGCAGAUGGCCACCGUCAACGCGCGCGUGCUGCCCACGCCCACGCUCAAGUACUCCGACUCGGGUGGCGAGCGCACGGUGGUGCCUCAAGUGGGCGCGUGGAACAUGAUGAACAAGCGAGUGCUCACGGGGGCGGUGGUGCGUCGCUGGUCGUUGGUGAAUCUCAGUCGCCUGCCGCGCCCAGCAGCAGAGCAGUUUGCACGGGACCUGGCGCACAUGUGCAACAUCACUGGCUUGCAAAUGGAGCAGCGCAUGUGUGUGCCGAUGGCGGGGGGCCACCCGGCGCAGAUGGAGGCCAUUCUGCGCAACCUGGCGCGCCAGCUGACACCUCCGCAGCAGGCCAUGCCGGACGUGGACAUUGUGAUCUGCAUCCUCAACGAGGGCAACGGCCCGCUCUAUGGCAAUCUGAAGCGGCUGUGUGAGACUGAGCUGGGCAUCGUCACGCAGUGCUGCCUGGCGAACAAGCUUGGCAAAGGCAAGCAGUACCUGGCGAACGUGGCGCUCAAGAUCAACGCCAAGGUGGGUGGGCGCAACACGGCGCUGGUGGACUCCAUCCAGCGGCAGAUCCCCCUGGUGUGCCAGGAGCACACCAUCCUCUUCGGCGCUGAUGUCACGCACCCCGCUCCAGGGGAGGACAACAGCCCCUCCAUCGCCGCCGUGGUGGCAUCCAUGGACUGGCCGGAGAUGGCGCGGUACCGCGCGCUGGUGAGCGCGCAGGCGCACCGCCUGGAGAUCAUCCAGAACCUCUACACGUGCACGCAGGACAGCAGCGGCAUGCUGCAGCACGGCGGCAUGGUCAGGGAGCUGCUGAUCAGCUUCUACCGCUCCACGGGCCACAAGCCCCAGCGUGUCGUCAUGUACAGGGACGGAGUGAGCGACGGGCAGUUUGCAGCGGUGAAGGAGUACGAGGUGGCGGCCAUCAAGAAGGCAUGUGCAUCCUUGGAGGAGAGCUACCAGCCGCGGGUGACCUUUGCGGUGGUGCAGAAGCGCCACCACACGCGCUUCUUCCCCUUCGACUCGCGCAACCGCAGCACCACGGACCGCAGCGGCAACGCACUGCCGGGAACGGUGAUCGACACUGGCAUCUGCCACCCUACCGAGUUCGAUUUCUACCUGCUCAGCCACUCCGGCAUACAGGGCACGUCGCGCCCCACGCACUACCACGUGGUGCAUGAUGAGAACGGCUUUGACUCCAACACGCUGCAGCGCAUGACGUACUCCAUGGCUUACACCUAUGCUCGCUGCACUCGUGCGGUGUCUGUUGUGCCCCCUGCCUAUUACGCGCACAUUGUGGCCUUCCGUGCACGCUUUUACAUGGACGCCGACCAGUUCUCCGACUCCGGCUCGCAGUCCACCGCCUUUGAGCCCGCCCCUGCUGCCGUGCCGCCCUCCACGGUCACGGGCACGUCCGCCACCACGGGGGAGAGCUCUGGCAGUCGUAGCAGCCGCAGUGCGGGCGAAGUAGUGGUGCGCCCGCUGCCGCCCCUGCAGGGCCGUGUGAAGGAGCACAUGUUCUUCUGCUGAGGGCGCAGUGGGCACGCCAUGCACGGAGGUUUCAAUGCCUGCCGCAUGCAUGUUUCUGUCGCAUGCUGGCUUCCUGUCGGCUCAUGCUUCUGGGCGUGGAUGCUUCCUGUCAGCACAUUCUCUCACAUUCUUGUGCUUGCUUGUUCUUUCCCCCUGCUUGCCACAUGUUCUAAGAAACCGAAGUGGUCUUUGGCACUGCUGGUCGUGAAGCCUACGAUAGCAUCGUGGCUUUUGUAAAAAGAGCAUGCCAGGACCUUGUCAUAGCUUUGAACGAUUGUUCUUCGCAAGGAUGGAGAACCACUAGCAUUUUGUCCUUGUUUUAAUCUUCGAAGUUGUAGUUUCACGCUACUGCUU